GGGGUGAAGUGGUGGGGAUUCGAGCCAUGUGAUAUCGGCGAUCCCUUAGGUAGUUCUCAUUCCAUUCAGGGGACGAAUCGCGGCUUUGUGACGACGGUAUUUCAAUUAAUUCACGUUUUCCUUGCUCCCAAUCUCGGCUCUUAAUCGCACUAAACAAGAUGUACAGACUACCAAACAUGUUACGAGGCGUAGCCCUGCGCCAGAUGAAUUUACAUUCUCGUUCAUACGCCAAAGAUGUUCGUUUUGGGGCAGAAGUCCGGGCUUUAAUGCUCCAGGGUGUAGAUAUUUUGGCUGAUGCGGUAGCAGUGACGAUGGGCCCUAAAGGGCGAAAUGUCAUUCUGGAGCAAAGUUGGGGUAGUCCAAAGAUUACAAAAGAUGGAGUUACGGUUGCCAAAGGUGUAGAACUUAAAGACAAGUUUCAAAAUAUCGGAGCAAAGUUAGUACAAGAUGUUGCCAAUAAUACCAAUGAAGAAGCCGGUGAUGGUACAACUACUGCCACGGUCUUAGCCAGAGCAAUUGCAAAGGAAGGAUUUGAAAAGAUCAGCAAAGGAGCUAAUCCAGUAGAGAUCAGACGUGGUGUCAUGCUGGCGGUAGAAAAGGUUAAAGAUGAAUUGAAGAACUUGAGCAAGCCUGUAACAACGCCGGAAGAAAUUGCUCAGGUAGCUACUAUUUCUGCGAAUGGAGACACGGCGAUCGGUAAUCUCAUUUCCGAUGCAAUGAAAAAAGUAGGAAAAGAGGGUGUGAUCACUGUUAAAGAUGGAAAGACUCUCAUCGACGAAUUAGAAGUCAUUGAAGGAAUGAAAUUUGACCGUGGAUAUAUUUCUCCAUAUUUCAUCAAUUCAAGCAAAGGAGCCAAAGUAGAAUUUCAAGAUGCGCUUGUUAUAUUUAGCGAGAAAAAGAUAUCCUCUGUACAGAGUAUCAUACCUGCUUUAGAGCUAGCAAACGCCCAACGCAAACCCCUUGUCAUUAUUGCUGAAGACAUCGAUGGAGAAGCGCUGUCAACACUGGUCGUUAAUCGCUUGAAAAUUGGCCUGCAAGUAGCUGCCGUGAAGGCACCAGGGUUUGGAGAUAACCGUAAGGCAACUCUCCAAGAUAUGGCCAUUUCCACCGGAGGUAUAGUUUUUGGAGACGAUGCUAACCUCAUCAAAUUAGAAGACGUUCAGUUGUCUGACCUUGGUCAUAUCGGUGAGAUAGUGAUCACAAAGGACGAUACUCUGAUGCUGAAGGGCAAGGGCAAGAAGGAAGACGUCGACAGGAGAGCAGACCAAAUCCGCGAUCAGAUCGCAGAUACUACUUCAGAUUAUGAAAAGGAGAAGUUACAGGAACGUUUGGCUAGACUCGCCUCAGGUGUCGCAGUCCUAAGGGUCGGUGGCAGCAGUGAAGUCGAAGUCAACGAAAAGAAGGACCGUGUUCACGAUGCACUUAAUGCCACCAGAGCUGCAGUUGAGGAAGGCAUUGUUCCCGGAGGUGGCACUGCUCUGCUUCGGUGCGUGCCUGCUCUUCUGAAAAUGAAGGCAGCUAAUGCAGACCAGGAAACUGGUAUCAAAAUUGUUGCGGAUGCAUUACGUAUGCCAUGUCUCCAGAUAGCGCAGAAUGCUGGUGUAGAUGGAAGUGUAGUUGUAGCAAAAGUGAGCGAAGGUACUCUGGGGUAUGAUGCAAUGAACAACGAGUAUGUCGAUAUGAUUGAAAAAGGUAUCAUUGACCCAACGAAGGUCGUUCGUACCGCCCUCACCGAUGCCGCAGGAGUUGCUUCUCUUCUUACUACAGCAGAAGCCGUUGUAACAGAAAUCCCCAAGGAGGAUCCACCGAUGCCUGCAAUGGGUGGAAUGGGAGGGAUGGGAGGAAUGGGCGGAAUGGGUGGAAUGGGGAUGUAAUUUUCUUUUUCAAAGACUGAGCCGAAGUCAAAUCGUUUCAUUUUGAUUUAUUAUUUGAGACUCAAGGCCCGUGAGGAUACCAUUCACCACUAAGAGUUUUAAUAUAGUGAUUAGUGAUGCGUCUAAUAUUCUUACUUGAAGUGAACUUUUAGCCAACGAAAACUUAACGAUUCGAUUUACCCAAACAUGUUGGGCUAGUGCAUGUAAAUGUAAUGGUCCUUGGAAACCGAAGAUUUGGUGCCACGUGAAACUUUCACCACCUCUCGGGCCAUGAGCAAAGUGAUCAGGUUCUGGAGGUGCAUGUAUGCCAAAUAAGACAGACCGCCGUUGUAUCAUCAUCUUGGACCAUGGUCACGAACCGAGACAUACAAAUGUCAUAUAUGCCUGCAUACUCCCAUUGAAAAGACAGUAAAUUUUUAGAUUUUGCACAUACCAGGCUAUUUCAGAUUACGAUUCAAUCAUCAUUUUUUGAAAAAAUUUGAAAAAACCUCCAUUACCUGCCAUCCAGUUCAGGACAACAACGUCUAUAGCACGCUCGUAUUCGCUAUUGAUACUAGAUUGCAUAAGUUUUGAAAUAUUGAGAGGCGUUGGAUAUAACUUUCCGAAAUAAUAGAUUUGAUAGGUUUUGAGUCUGUCCAAAUCAUCAAUUCAGCGUAUUCCCAGCACCUAGAAAUGGCGGCUUAUUUUUGUAGUAAAACUUUAUCCUGAUUUUUUGCUUUCAAGCGCGUACGAGCGAGCUGUGAAAAGUACAGACUCCUGGACAAUGCAUUUCACGAAUCUUUCUCUCGUUAAACGUAUGAAGGAGUCCGUUUAAUUAAGAUAUUCUAAUUGUAAAAAUGUUAUCGCGUGCUAAGUACUAUGAUAGGAUAAUGAUACGAGUUCUAUGUUACUUUUUUAAACAUUAUAGUCUUUACUUUCCAGUUCGUAGUCUAAUAAAAUAUGUUUAAUGUACAAA